AAGGGUAACCUCAGGGCCAAGACACCUAAGAAGGGGACACUCCACUGCAGCCGAAACCCUGUCCUAGUCAAAGGAAUCGGGCUACUCUAAUGUGAUGCUGGGAUUGGAUUUACCUAGGAUUGCUAUCAAGGUUGACCUAGAAGUCUUGUAGAAGAUCUUGACAAAAUAGGUAUUAGGUCAUGAUGCAGGAAUCUGCGACAGAGACAAUAAGCAACAGUUCAAUGAAUCAAAAUGGAAUGAGCACUCUAAGCAGCCAAUUAGAUGCUGGCAGCAGAGAUGGAAGAUCAAGUGGUGACACCAGCUCUGAAGUAAGCACAGUAGAACUGCUGCAUCUGCAACAACAGCAGGCUCUCCAAGCAGCAAGACAACUUCUCUUACAGCAGCAAACAAGUGGAUUAAAAUCUCCUAAGAGCAGUGAUAAACAGAGACCACUGCAGGUGCCUGUGUCGGUGGCCAUGAUGACUCCCCAGGUAAUCACCCCCCAGCAAAUGCAGCAGAUCCUUCAGCAGCAAGUCCUGUCUCCUCAGCAGCUCCAGGCGCUUCUCCAGCAGCAGCAGGCAGUCAUGCUGCAGCAGCAACAACUACAAGAGUUUUACAAGAAACAGCAAGAGCAGUUACAUCUUCAGCUUUUGCAGCAGCAGCAACAGCAGCAGCAGCAGCAGCAACAGCAGCAGCAGCAACAGCAGCAACAACAGCAGCAGCAACAGCAGCAGCAGCAACAGCAGCAGCAGCAGCAGCAGCAACAACAUCCUGGAAAGCAACAGCAGCAGCAGCAGCAGCAACAGCAGCAGCAGCAGCAGUUGGCAGCCCAGCAGCUUGUCUUCCAGCAGCAGCUUCUCCAGAUGCAACAGCUCCAGCAGCAGCAACAUCUGCUCAGCCUUCAGCGUCAGGGACUCAUCUCCAUCCCACCCGGCCAGGCGGCGCUUCCUGUCCAAUCGCUGCCUCAAGCUGGCCUGAGUCCUGCUGAGAUUCAGCAGUUAUGGAAAGAAGUGACUGGAGUUCACAGCAUGGAAGACAAUGGCAUCAAACAUGGAGGGCUCGACCUCACUACUAACAACUCCUCCUUGACUACCUCCCCCACCACUUCCAAAGCCUCACCACCAAUCACGCAUCACUCCAUAGUGAACGGACAGUCUUCAGUCCUAAACACAAGGCGGGACAGCUCAUCCCAUGAGGAGACUGGAGCCUCUCACACUCUCUAUGGCCAUGGAGUUUGCAAAUGGCCAGGCUGUGAAAGCAUUUGUGAAGAUUUUGGACAGUUUUUAAAGCACCUUAACAAUGAACACGCGUUGGAUGACCGGAGCACUGCCCAGUGCCGAGUGCAAAUGCAGGUGGUCCAACAAUUAGAAAUACAGCUUUCUAAAGAACGAGAACGUCUUCAAGCGAUGAUGACCCACUUGCACAUGCGACCCUCAGAACCCAAACCAUCUCCCAAACCUCUAAAUCUGGUGUCUAGUGUCACCAUGUCGAAGAACAUGUUGGAGACAUCCCCACAGAGCUUACCUCAAACCCCUACCACACCAACGGCCCCAGUCACCCCGAUUACCCAGGGACCCUCAGUAAUCACCCCAGCCAGUGUGCCCAAUGUGGGAGCCAUACGAAGGCGACAUUCAGACAAAUACAACAUUCCCAUGUCAUCAGAGAUCGCCCCAAACUACGAAUUUUAUAAAAACGCAGAUGUCAGACCUCCAUUUACGUAUGCCACCCUCAUCAGGCAGGCUAUCAUGGAGUCAUCUGACAGGCAGUUAACACUGAAUGAAAUUUACAGCUGGUUUACGCGGACCUUUGCUUACUUCCGACGGAACGCAGCAACUUGGAAGAAUGCAGUACGUCAUAAUCUUAGCCUGCACAAAUGUUUUGUUCGAGUAGAAAAUGUUAAAGGAGCAGUAUGGACUGUGGAUGAAGUAGAGUACCAGAAGCGAAGGUCACAAAAGAUAACAGGAAGCCCAACCUUAGUAAAAAAUAUACCUACCAGUUUAGGCUAUGGAGCAGCUCUUAAUGCCAGUUUGCAGGCUGCGUUGGCGGAGAGCAGUUUGCCUUUGCUCAGUAACCCCGGCCUGAUCAAUAACGCCUCCAGCGGCCUCCUGCAGGCUGUCCACGAGGAUCUCAACGGCUCCCUGGACCACAUGGACAGCAACGGGAACAGCAGUCCGGGCUGCUCGCCUCAGCCACACAUACAUUCAAUCCAUGUCAAGGAAGAGCCAGUGAUGGCCGAGGAUGAAGACUGCCCAGUGUCCUUAGUGACAACAGCGAAUCACAGUCCGGAGUUAGAAGAUGACAGAGAGAUUGAAGAAGAGCCUCUAUCUGAAGAUCUGGAAUGAGAACUGACUUGUGAGACCUCAGUGUGAAGGGACAUAUCACUGACCUUCAUAACCACUCUACAACCAUGAAUAUUUGACAGGUUUUUACUGUGACUAUUUAUUAAGCAUGGAUCAAGCAGACUGCCCUAAAGGAACUCACUAAGCCAGCCCUUUGGGAUUCAGUACCAACAGGCAAAUCGCUUGUUUUCUUUCCUUUCUCUCUUUCUCUCUCUGUUUUUUUAGAAAAAGAAAAAGACAAAAACUGAUUUU